GGGAGUGAACAGCUUGGAGCGGAGCCGCUGCUGUCGCCGUCGCCACCGGGGUUCGGACGGGAGGGAUUGGUCCCCGCUAUUGCCGGGCGAGAGCCCUCGCCUGUCCCCAAAGCCAGGCGGACGAUUGCUCGAUAGUCGCAGGAUUUUUGGCCCAGGAAUCGGGUCCAGCGUUUGGAGGAGGCUCCAUCCUCCUCGGGCCCCCCCGGAGGUUAGGGGGGGACCAGCGAGCGGGCGGGUGGGCGACAGCCGUGGAACAAAGGUCCAGACUCGGCAGCUCAACCUCUUUCGGGUUUUUCUACUGCAGCCUGAGUUCAUCAUGAAGGCCCUUGAUGAGCCUCCAUAUUUGACUGUGGGCACUGAUGUGAGUGCAAAAUAUAGAGGGGCCUUCUGUGAAGCCAAGAUCAAGACAGCAAAAAGGCUCGUCAAAGUCAAGGUAACGUUUAGGCAUGAUUCGACAACUGUGGAAGUUCAGGAUGAUCACAUAAAAGGCCCUUUAAAGGUAGGAACUGUGGUGGAAGUCAGGAAUCCAGAUGGAACGUAUCACGAGGCUGUCAUCAACAAAUUAACAGAUGCUAGUUGGUACACUGUAGUAUUUGAUGAUGGAGAUGAGAAGACUCUUAGACGGUCUUCCCUUUGCCUAAAAGGAGAAAGACAUUUUGCUGAAAGCGAAACACUAGAUCAACUCCCUCUUACCAACCCUGAACAUUUUGGGACUCCAGUCAUAGGAAAGAAAACAAAUAGAGGAAGGAGAUCUAAUCACAUCCCAGAGGAAGAAUCUUCCUCAUCCUCAAGUGACGAAGAUGAAGAUGACAGGAAACAAACUGAUGAAUUGUUAGGAAAAGUUGUAUGCGUAGACUAUGUUAGUGCGGAUAAAAAGAAAAAUCUCUGGUUCCCAGCUUUGGUGGUUUGUCCAGAUUGUAGUGAUGAAAUUGCAGUGAAAAAGGAUAAUGUUCUUGUUCGUUCUUUCAAGGAUGGCAAAUUCUCUUCAGUACCAAGGAAAGAUGUUCGAGAAAUUAGUGAUUCAUCAUCAAAACCUGAUGCUGCAUUGAAACAAGCUUUUGAUCAAGCCUUAGAAUUCCAUAAAAACAGAACUGUUCCCAGUACCUGGAAGACUGAGUUGAAAGAGGAAAGUUCCAGUAGUGAAGCAGAAGAGGAGGAGGAAGAUGAAAAAGAAAAAGAUAAUAGCAGUGAAGAAGAGGCAAAAGUAGAACCCUUUCCUGAGGAAAGAGAGAACUUCCUACAACAGCUCUAUAAAUUCAUGGAAGAUAGGGGGACUCCUAUUAAUAAGCGACCUGUACUUGGAUACAGAAACUUGAAUCUCUUCAAAUUAUUCAGACUUGUACAUAAGCUUGGAGGAUUUGAUAAUAUUGAAAGUGGUGCAGUCUGGAAACAAGUGUACCAGGAUCUUGGGAUCCCAGUCUUGAACUCUGCUGCUGGAUAUAAUGUUAAAUGUGCUUACAAAAAAUACCUCUAUGGCUUUGAAGAGUACUGCACAUCAGCUAAUGUUGAAUUUAAAAUGGCAUUACCAGAGAAAGUAGCAAGCAAGCCCUGUAAAGACCAUGAAAAAGAUGUGAAAAAGCAUGAAGAAGCUGAGCUAAAUAUAAAAGAAAUAAAAGUGGAAACCGAAGAAAAAGUUGAUGAUACAACAGUUAUGAAGCAGCAAAUUGCACCAACUGAGAAUGAAAAUGAAAGAAAAGAAAUGGAGAAAUCCUCCUCUUUGGCAAGCAAAAAAGCUUUUCCAGAAUCUUACACUGAACAUGAAAAGGAAUUAAGAAUAACAGAAAACGAUGAAGAAGCCAAAAUGGAAUAUAAAGAAGAUGAGAAGAGUAAAGACCUGGAAAAUCAAAACACCAGUCUAGAAACUGAAGAGAAGGAGAAAUCAAACGAUGGCACCAUUAAGGAGGAAGAUGAAGAUGAAGAAGAAGCAGAAGAAGAGGAGGAGGAGGAGGAGGAAGAAGAAGAAGAGGAAGAUGACAACAAUGAGGAAGAAGAAUUUGAGUGUUAUCCACCUGGCAUGAAAGUCCAAGUGCGGUAUGGACGAGGGAAAAAUCAAAAAAUGUAUGAAGCUAGUAUUAAAGAUUCUGAUAUUGAAGGUGGAGAAGUCCUUUACUUGGUGCACUACUGCGGAUGGAAUGUGAGGUAUGAUGAAUGGAUAAAAGCAGACAAGAUAGUGAGACCAGCCGACAAAAAUGUGCCAAAAAUAAAGCAUCGAAAGAAAAUAAAGAACAAAGCUGACAAAGAGAAAGAUGAGAAAUAUUCUCCUAAAACGUUUAAAUUGCGACGGUCGUCAAAACCACCUUUUCAUGCCAGUAUAUCACCUGAGAUGUCAUCCAAACCAGACAACCCUGAAGACAAAACUUCCGAAACAGCUCCAAAUAAAUCUUUAGAGAUUAUUUCUAUCCUUAAUGGCCUACAAGCUUCUGAAAGCUCUGAUGAGAGCGAGCAAGAUGAUGACCAAAAUGCUCCAAGUGUCUAUAACAAUGGUAAGGAAGAACCUCAAGAUGAGGCUGUGAGCCAAGACAAUAAUGAACUCUGUCCAAAAGAGCAGAACAGCUUAUCCUUUCCAGAAGAUGUUAAAACUCUUGCAGAUGCCACAGCAUCCAAACUGGUAUCAAAGUCUCCAGAGAGGCUACGGAAAGAAUUGGCAGAACUAUCUGAUGAUACUGAUUAUGAGGGAGAGAAUGAAGCCACCAAGAAGAGGAAAGAGGUAAAAAAGGAGGCAACGGAUAAAACAAAGCCAGCAGUAAAACGUGGUAAACGAAGGUACUGUGUUCCAGAGGAAUGUUUUAAAACUGGGUCACCUAAUAUUAAGGAUGAAAAAUCAAAUGGCAAAGACAUGCUUAGCUUGGAAAACAGUAGCAACAGCUCCUCAGAUGAAGAUGAGGUAAAAAAUAAAUUAAAAAUAACACCCAGUAAGAAGUACAAUGGGCUGGAUGACAAAAGGAAAUCCUUACGGACAAAUGCUUUUUAUCCAGGGUUCUCUGAAGUUGCAGAGAAGAGAGUAAAGCUUCUAACUAACUCUGAUGAAAGGCUUCAAAAUACUAGAGCUAAAGACCGUAAAGAUGUGUGGUCAAGUAUUCAGGGGCAGUGGCCUAAAAAAACUCUCAAGGAAUUAUUUUCAGAUUCUGACACAGAAGCAGCAGCUUCCCCGCCCCAUGCUUCCCCUGACGAUGCCACACCAGAGGAGCAUCUGCAAACCCUUGUGGAAGAGGAGACGUCUUUGUCUUGUUCUAAAGUUGAAAGACCUUUGCCACUCAACCCUGACACUAAACCCGUUGAAGAAAAACCAACUGAAAUGAAUGACAAGAAAGUUGAAUUCCCAAGUAGUGGCAGUAAUUCGGUGCUGAACACCCCUCCCACUACACCUGAGUCACCCCCAUCUGUAACUGUGGCAGAAACAAGCAGACAUCAAUCCACUGUAUCUGUCUCUGAAUCUUUGGCACCAAAUCAAGAAGAAGUACGAAGUAUCAAAAGUGAAACAGAUAGUACAAUUGAGGUGGACAGUGUUGUAGGGGAACUGCAGGACCUUCAGUCUGAAGGAAAUAUAUCUCCUACAGGCUUUGAUGCCAGUGUCAGUUCCAGCAGCAGCAAUCAACCAGAACACACAGAGAAAGCUUGUACAGGCCAGAAAAGGCUUAAAGAUGGCCAAGGAGGUGGUUCCUCAAAAAAGCAGAAAAGAAAUCACAAAACAUCCGUGGUGAACAACAAAAAGAAGAGCAAAAGUGCAAACAGCAGUGAUAGUGAAGAACUAUCCGCUGGAGAAAGUAUUGCCAAAUCUCAGCCAGCAAAAUCAGUUCCUACAGGAAUGAAGUCUCAGCAAACGAAAUCCCCAGCAAGAACUCAGUCGCCAGGAAAAUGUGGGAAAAAUGGAGAGAAGGAUUCAGAUCUCAAGGAACAGAAUAAUCGUUUGCCAAAACUUUAUAAAUGGAGUUUUCAGAUGUCUGAUCUAGAAAAUAUGACCAGUGCAGAGCGCAUAGCAAUCCUUCAAGACAAACUUCAAGAAAUCAGGAAACACUACUUGUCUUUAAAAUCUGAAGUAGCUUCCAUUGACAGAAGAAGAAAGCGCUUGAAGAAAAAAGAGCGAGAAAGUGCUGCUACCACAUCAUCAUCGUCAUCUUCAUCGCCUUCCUCCAGUUCCAUUACAGCAGCAGUUAUGUUAAGUUUAGCGGAUCCACCCAUGUCAAGUUCAUCACAAAAUGGAAUGUCAGUUGAGUGCAGGUGACAGCAAGACUUGCCUAUGCACUUUGCACUUAAUGGCUGCUGAGAGCCACUUUUUAUACUGCACAGUGGCACAAUAUUCAGACAAGCACUAUUUUGUAUUUAAAAGUUUUCUUGACAAGCUAACUUUGCACUUAAGUGCACUUUUAUGAAGAAAAAGUACAACAAACUGCUUUUCCUCAAGCAAUAAUUGUUUCCAACUUGUCUGGGAAUUGUAUGUUGAAUGAGUUGAAGGCCUUCUGCUGUGGCAAAUGGAGGCUAUUCACUGCCGGUAGAAUCAGUACGGUAAGCAUACAGUUGUUGGGUAGGCCUAAUUAAUGUUUUAAAAGUGGCUUACUGUUCACAUAUUCCCUGGUAUUUUGUUAAAGCUGGAGCAUUUGAUAUUUUCCCAUUAUUUAGGAAAAAUGAACCUAUUUUCAUUUUUACAAGAUAAUUGUUUUUUAACUAAGUCGCCUUACAGCGGCUAUAACUGUACAAGUCAAGCACAUGUAAUUUAAUUCCAAACCUGCCGUUAAUAGGAUGUUUCUCAUCAGACCUGACAACCAAAUAUAAGGAUUCUCUUUAAAAGGCUGACUAAUGUUUACAGGUUUGAAUUAGGCUAAAUAGGUUACUAUGGGUUUUUAAUAACCCAUGAAUUGGAAUGAAACUACUGUACUUUGCCAUUUUUCUAUGAAUCAGUAUUUUUUUUAAUUUUGAUAAAAUACAUUGUGAAAAAAGGAAGAAAAUGGCUAACAAACUGUAUUAAAUCUUAAUGUAUAAAGAUUGUAUUUAGCCAGUUUAAAGUGUAUAUUUAUUCAUAAUGAAUUAUAACACUUAUAUUUUUGUGUUUUCUUGUAAAAGUUUCUUUUCAGUUAAAGCAACAAAUAUUUCAUUUGUAAUGCUUAUUUUAUUAUGAGCUGCAACUGAGAGGUUUUCAAGAAGGAGUAAACUGUGUUAAUAUUAAGUCAUGGUUGUUGAGAAGAACAUUGCCACAAAGGGAUAGUUGUUUAUAAUAUAAAUAGCUAACUGAGUGGUAGAGAUGAAUUUUUAAAUUGCCUUGUACAAUAUCCAAAAUCAACUCAACUGUUUUCACUUCUAUUGAAUUUAUGUUGUAUGGAUUCCAAGCCCUCUCUCUUGUUUGGCACUUGUAUUUAAUUACACAACUUUGUAAGACAUUUGUAUAUUGCGGAAGUGUUCAUUCAAGCUAUUUAAUACCUGGCACUGUUAAUACACAGUACUUUAUUGUACAGAUUGUUUUACUGUUUUAAUUGUAGUUCUGUGUACUUUUUUUGGCUAGACGUAUGGGGGCUGGCAUGUUUUUUUUUUCCUUUUCUUUUUCUGGCAAUACAAUAUGUAAGAAUUUCAAACAUUCUGUUUGUAGAUGCUAGAGUGUCAGGAUCUUUACAUUUGACUUUUCUAAGAAAAGCAUUUUCAGUCUUAGUAGUGUGUGCUUAAAGGUAACUGAUUUUAUUGAAAAUGGUUUCAAGCUAUUCAGAUAUGUACAGGACUGUAAAAAACAUUUGUUGACAAACAUUGAAGGAAAGGCAUAUAAAGAAAAGCUAUAAAAUAUAUAUUAGGUUCUGCAGACAAUGGAAUUAUGUAAUAUAUUGUACAAAUGUAAGCAAAGGCCUCUGAAAUAAAAUGCCAUAGUUUGUGAAUACUGGA